UUUUGUAACCCAGCGCUGUAGUUCCGCGACUGAGGUCACUUGGUCUGUUCAGUCUGGGGAAGAGGGGACUGAGAGUAGAGUCUCAGCAGUUUACAGCUUCCUCAGAAGAGGAGGAGAAGAAGCUGAUCUCUUCUCUGUGCUGAGCAGUGUUGGGACCCGAACACAGUUUAUUGCUGGGCAUGAUGUCAUAUGGAAUAUUCCUCAGGAAUAUCAGUUGAGGUCAACUGUCCUCGCUGUCUUCCCUCCCAGCUUCUGGUCCACCUUCAACCUACUCCCUGACAGGGCAGUCUUAGGAGCAGAAAAGGACUUGACGCUGGUGAUCUUCAUAGAAACUACUAAAGACUUAAAAGAAUUAUUUUAGCCAAAAUAAGUGAAAUAAGUUGUUCUGACAAAGUAAAAUGGAUCCUUGUUCAGUUGGAGUUCAGCUUCAAGCUGCCAAUGAAUGCCAUAAGAUCUAUUAUACUCGUCACACUGGCUUAAAGACUAAGGAAGAUAUAUCUUCAUCUGACCUGCUGCUACUUCAGCUGAGGACUGGAAUUACCCUUUCAGGGAACAAUACAAUCUGCUUACACCAUGCAAAAAUUUACAUUGAAAGAUUUGAAGACUUACAAAAGUCAUGUUGUGAUCCCUUUAAUAUACACAGAAAAUUAUCAAAGAAAAACUUACGAGCAAUUGACUUGGAUGAUGCAACUUUUCUAACUGCCAAGUUUGGAAGACAGUUUGUACCUGGCUGGAAGCUUUGUCCCAAAUGCAUGCAGAUAAUAAAUGGAAGCGUCGAUGUUGAAUCUGAAGAUCGCCAAAGAAGAAAACUUGAUUCAGAUGGGCGGACAGCUAAGGCUUUAAAGUCUCUACAGUUUGCUAAUCCAGGACGACAAACUGAAUUCACUCCUGAAACCAGUAAAAGGGAAAAAAGAAGGCUGCAAUCAAAAAGCACAUCAUUUAAUACAGACAGACAAGUUAUACCAGCAAAGAGUAAAGUCUAUGAUAGCCAAGGACUACUACUUUGCAAUGGGAUGGACCUCUGUGAUUGUCUUGAUGAAGAUUGCCUGGGAUGUUUCUAUGCUUGCCCCAAGUGUGACUCCAAGAAGUGUGGAACUGAAUGUCGCUGUGACCGCAAGUGGGUAUAUGAACAAAUUGAGAUAGAAGGAGGAGAAGUAAUUAGAAAUAAGCACCUUGGUUAGUGUGCAUGCACGUUGUUUAUUCUGAGUAUAUAUUCCAUACUUUGAUUAAACACCACACAUUCAUCAUUUAAUGGUGUACUACUCUUAAUCAUACUACUGUCUUUUCACACUUCAUUCUACUUUAUACUCAGUCAUCCAAAAAAGUUCUCAUUGAAGUCUUCCACUGUAUUGAAGUAUGAAGCACUAAAUUUUCAACAUAUCCUGAACCACUCACCAUCAUUUCAGAUGUCGUUUUUUAGUGUACCAUUUCCACGUAGCCCUCAUUUUACCUUCUGUAGUUCAGAUCUCAUAAUUUUGAAUCUGAGUUAUAUGAAACACUUCAAAAGUUCCAAGUGAAUUUACAUGCAGUAUUAAUCAAGUUCUCUCCAGUAUUAACAGUGAAUGCCGUUAUCUUCUAUAAAUUUUCCCAGCUGCAUCUUAUAAAUUCAAUCCUGUUCACUUAAAUGGAUUCAAAGGUGUUUAGGAAUUCAGAUCCCAUCCAAGUUACUGGAAUUUGAGAUCAAGUUAUCCCUGCAAGUUCAAGCCUCACCAAUGAAGUGUUAUAAACUAUCAAGGCAUUGAAAAAUAUGUUUAAUUAUUAUACUGUUCUGUUGGUUUCUGUACAAUGCAAUUGAAAUAAUUUUGCUGUAUUUGUUACUGGUCUGUAAUUGAACGGACUGGUACUUAAACAGCCCCCUCCCCCUUUUUUAUUUUUGCUUGGUUUUAAGGGAAAUGUUUACAUGCAAUUGAAUUGAAAUUUUUUGGUUGAUGCCAUAUCUAUUAUUGGAAUGUUUCAAUUUUACAGUCUAACAAGAUCUAUGGAAAAAAGAUUUUAUAAUUGAAAUCUUAGUAAAAUUGUUAUUCCUUGGUAUUUUUCUUGUGUUUUGGAUAAAAUUCCUACUUCUAUGGUAGACUUGAAAGAUCUAUAUGUUUAUUGGGUCACAUUUAUUCAAGAGCUGUUAAUUGUGGAUUUCUGAAGAUAUAUUUUUUGAAGUUGUAUAAUCUUGCUAUUUGUUUAGAGUACUUUCUUUUCUGACUGUGUGUCGUAAGGGCUGCAUAGCUGAAGUCCAAAGCUGUGCUUUGAGUUGUACUGACCUCUGCUGGUCCUGGUCAAGUAUAAGCAUGAACUUAUACUAUAUUAUUAUUAAAUCUGCUACAAAAAAAAACAGUUCUUUUUU